AGAGUGGCGGCCAUCUUUGAGGAAUAUGGCCGCGAUCACUUGUUGAUCUUCUCCCGUGGUGUGUUUUUGCGUGCGAUUAAACGCGAAAAGGUGCGGCACCGAGUGGAUUACCGUGGUGUCCGUGUGCAGGAAGUUGAACCAUAGUGUGCCCAAAGUGCGUGGCAAUUGGUACUAUCAAGCAUGACGGAGUUUCUGCCACUGUGUGAUCUUCUGUUCAAUGUUAUCUCGCUAGCUGGCUACUUUUGUGAUAUUGUUUUUAAUGUUGUCUUCAGUUAUGCACUGUAUGAGAGUGGGAAGAUCAUCUAUUUCACCCUCACAUUUGUGAUUGUCCUCUCAUCGCUCAUCCUAUCCCAAAUCAUCUCGUUGCGAUGGUUCCUGAACAAGGAGCGCUUGACGCAACGGAAGACCCAGCAAGCGCAUGCAAUCACCCAAACGGCCACCGAGAGACAUCAUCAGGAUGGGAAGCAAUCAGUGACCCAAAUAGUACGGUGGUGCUUCAUUCCAAAGAACAUCGUCAUCCUUCUCCACUGCACCCUCGUGGGGAUUGUGUGGCGAUACGCAAAGCUCCUGGCACCUGUAGAGCUGCAGAAUGUAAAGCACGAAGUGAGGGAUCUCUGUAUGUUGCGCCUCAUACAUGCCUUCUGCGAGAGUGCCCCCAUGCUUCUCCUGCAGUUGCACAUUCUCGUGUCAGAUCAUCUGACACGAGAUCUCUUUGCCGGCGCAUCCGCUGAGCUAAGACCUAAAAUCCUUCGGGAAUCCACAACAGUGAGCGGUUUGGUGGUUGAAGGAACUGAAGCACCUGCAAUCAAUAGUCAUGCCUUCAGGGAGCUCAACAUCGUCUCUGCUGCUCUGUCGUUGUUCAGUGUCUGCUGGGCUCUGGCGAGUUUUAGCAAAAAUGUUCGCCUCCAGAAUGUUCAUCGACUCAUUCUCACCUGGCUCGGGGUAAUCUUCCAGCUACUCUGGCGCUUGGGAACCAUCACGUCACGCAUGAUUUCCCUCAUUAUCUACGGUUCCUUCUACUACUACUGGACCUUCUUGGUAAUCAUCCUUCACUGGGUGUCCAUGUUCCUGUGGAUCAUCUCUCCGAAGAAUGUUUUCCACGGCGAACGGAUCUCGAGGUUCAGAAAGUGCCUCCUAGCUGCCCUGAUUGCCUUUGUCUACGUUUUUGCCUACAUAAAUCUCCAAGAAGUGAAUCAUCGACAAAAAAUGGUCAUCUUCUACACUGUUAUGUUUCUGGAGAAUCUCCUCCUGGUGGGAUUGUGGAUCUUUGGCAUUUGGGCUGAGAGACCCGAUGGAUGGUAUUGGAUUGUAGUCAUUAUGCUACUUACCUUUGCAGCUGGAAUAUUUUUUAUGUUUCUCUACUACCGAUUCUUCCACAUUCGACGUCUUGGGUAUGAAAUUAAUGGGAUUUACCCUUCGAAGCCGUCGAUAAAUUGCGGAAAUUGCUACUGCAAUGGGAAGGAGCAUGAACAUAAACUUCCCCCAAAGGUUGAUUUGAAUUCCAAGAGCUACUACCAAGGGAUACCCGGAGUAUUCAGCUGCAGAUUCAUCAAUCCCAUUGGGAUGGCUGCAACGAAGAGGAAGAAAAAGAAACCAACAACAUUCGUACCAAGUCUGUCGAUAACGGAAUUGGCAGCAAGUGCCCAGCAGAAUGGGCAACCACCAAGUGGUCCAAUGAUGGUGCCAUUCUGGAAGAAGCAAAUAGCAGCCCUCCAGUACGCGGGAUCCAGUGAAAAUGAGAGUAGCGUGAGUUCCCGCAUUGAUAUCCAUCAGAAGUUGCAGGAGAAAAAACAGAAGCAACUUGCGGAGUUGCAAAUAAUUGAGGAGGAGAUUAAACAGGGAAAACUUGGGGGGCCCGUGCAAUCGGUACCAAUGAAUGGUAGUGAUGGGGGAACGAAGGUAUCCCUGCCAAAGGAACCCAUUCCCAAGGCCAAAAAUCACAGGAAUAUCACCCCACUCGGCUGGCCGAAUCCCAUGAUGGCCGAUGCGAAUGACUCCCUGGCGGAUUUGCCAUAUCUCCAGCAGAACUAUGCGGAAAAUUAUCCGGAAAAUGCCAUGAUUAAGGAAAGCAAUCUACCGCAUAUUCUGUCGUUAGCAUCAAAGCGAAAAGUUGACUCACCCAGUGCGUAUUUGCAGCAAAAACCCGAGAAGAUCUCAAAGAAACUCAGUGAUAAUUCUGAUAUCACCGAUUCCCUGCAGAGGCAGCUGAAGAUCAUGAAUUCCAGUGAGAGUCAGGCUAGCCGGUGCAUGCCUCCACCCACAUAUCGAGGUGCUUACAGCCCGGAAACAGUCUUCAAUCGUGCGAGGAACUACAGCAGAGGUGUUCCACUGGAAAUGCAUCGUCCGAGACAAAUAACCGGGACAUACUGCACAAAUCUCGAAGCAUCCUACAUUGAUAAAGCCUCAUUCCCCUUCAAUGUAGUCCCACCACCGCGAAAUCGUGAUCCGCAGCAACAACAACGGGAUCGUCCUGCCAUUCCGGGAAUAGCUAAUCAGAGGUAUGUGGGGGAGAAUGAGAAUGAGGUCGUGCUGUCCCCACACUACCUCGAGAGAUCGGUUAAAGGAACAAAAUGCGAUGGUGGUGGGAAUUAUUCGCACUACAAUGGGAACGAUGAUAGUUUCCUCAAUCAUCUGGCACAGCAAAAUGGCCCAUCUGACAUUGAUAGUCAAGUUUCGCUGCCACGAUCGUACACACUACCGCGGGAAUUCAAAUACUACCGCCGGAAUAGAUCGAAGAAACUCAAACAGGAAGAUAUCUUUGUCACCAGCAACAACAGCAGCGAUGGCGAUGUGGAUAGCAUUGAGGAUACCGAAUCCGAGCAGGACUACAACAUUCCACCGAAUAUGUGUCGCAAUUUGAAUUGCAACAACUUACUCCAUGCCAACGAUACUGCCAUGAACUACCUGAAUGACAUCCGACUGAGGGAAUCUGCAUCACCGCGAGCAAUGCUAAAUGGCAGUGGGACGCCCAAGGAGUCACCGGAUGUGUCAGCUAGUGAUGUGAUACGCCAGAGGAGUGCCAGUGCGUAUCAGGAAAGUAGUGCCAUGGAGGAGGACAACUGCUUGCCCGAUAACGUUGGCAACUACUCCAAUGCCCUCCUGCGCCAGCUGAGGAUACAGCUGUACAAUGAUAGAAAGUCUGGGAUCUUCAGGCAUGAGACUAAAUUAUAAAUUAUUUUUCUUCUUAAAAAUAUAAAUUACUUUUAGAUUUUAAUCUGUAUACAUACUAAAAUUAUAUAUACUUAGCUAGGAUUGUCUCGACAAUUGAUUUUUUAUUGUAUUUUUAAAAAUUAGCGUCGAUUUUUUUUUGAUAUUUGUUGGAAUUAAAAUUGUUAUGAUUUUUUUUGUAAA